CACACCGGCACGGAUAUCGGAAACGUGCGUGAGCUUUAAGUGCGAUUCAGUCUUCUUUAAAAGCGUUGAGGGGUAGGGCUGCGAUUCCAAGACCAGGACCUCGACCUUGACCUCACCAAGAGACGAUUGGACUCUCACACAAGAUAUUGACCAUCAUGGCGCGAGAAUACCUCUACGCAACUUCAUCAGCUGCCCUCGGGGCCUACAUCCUCUGGACGCUGACUGAAAGAUACUUCACCUGGGCCCACGGCUCCCACCUCACAGCAAAUCACGCCCUCACCAGCCCCCUCCUCGCAACGCUCCUCAUCCUCCCGACCUUAGUCUUACACAAGAAAGCAUGGUACCUCUUCAAGAUGAAGGCCCUCCACUGCCGCCCGGCGCCCAUGUACCCACAAAAGGACCCGAUCCUAGGCAGCGACUGGAUCCGCACCUCGCUCGCCCGUCAAAAAGAGCACAAGCUCCUCGAGUGGUGGCAGGACCUCUUUGGCGCGCUGGGAAACACCUGGUGGGUGAAGACGCCCGGCGGGUGGGUGCUCAUGACGAGCGAGCCUGAGAAUUUGAAGGCGAUUUUGGCGACGUCGUUUGAGGCUUUUCCCAUCAUCGGGCCCAGACGGGAGGCGGUGCUGCCGAUUUUGGGCGAGGAUGCGAUUUUCUCGGCGAAUGGGGAGGUGUGGCAUGGUGCUAGGGCGAUGAUGAGGCCUAGUUUUGUGAGAAAUCAGAUUGCGGAUUUGAAGUGUUUUGAGAGGCAUGUUGGGGAUCUUAUUGGGAAUAUUCCCAAGGAUGGGGGCACGGUUGAUUUGCAGGCGUUGUUGUAUAUGAUGACGAUGGACUCGGCGACUGACUUUAUGUUCGGGCAUUCUACCAACAUGCUCACGACGCCGUCGCCAGAAGCCCGCGACUUCACGUCGACAUUCGAAUACAUCACCACCCGCUCCGCCAUCCGCUCCCGCCUCGGCUUGCUCACCUUCCUCGACAACGACAAGAAGUGGUACGAAGGCCUGAAGAAGAUUCACGACUUCUGCGACAACUACAUUCGCAACAUCCGCGAAGCUGACCCGGAGAAGAAGGAAGACCCCGAACGGGGCUACGUGUUUCUCAACGAGAUGAUUGGGAAGCCAGGGAUGACGCCGGACUACAUCCGCGCGCAGCUGCUGUCCAUGAUCCUCGCGGGGCGGGAUACCACGGCCUCGACGCUGUCUGCGCUGUUUUGGAUCUUGGCGAGGAGGGGGGAUGUAGUGAAGAGGCUGAGGGGCGAGGUGGAGGCUUUGGAGGGACGCAGGCCUACGUGGGAGGAGGUGAAGGAUAUGAAGUACCUGAACAUGGUGCUCAAGGAGAUCCUGAGAUUGUACCCGACUGUCGCGAGCAUGUCGCGCGGCACGGCGCGCGAUACGACGCUACCCGUUGGCGGAGGGCCCGAUGGUAAAUCGCCCGUCUUCAUUCCGAAGGGCACAUCCGUGCGGUGGUCUUUGUUUUGUCUUCACCGGAGGAAGGAUCUGUACGGCGAGGACGCUGACGAGUUCCGUCCCGAGCGCUGGGAGGAGAUACGGCCAUCAUGGGAUUAUCUCCCUUUCUCCGGCGGUCCGCGGAUUUGCAUUGGGCAGCAAUUUGCGCUGACGCAGAUGAGUUACUUUGUGGUGAGGAUCUUGCAGACUUUCAAAGACAUCCAACCGAGGGAUGAGAGGCCUAUGUUGCAGACGGUGGGCAUCACGACGAAGCUGCCCAACGACGUCUUGUUGAGCUUUACGCCGGCUUAGAAGCCGCCGGGGACACGGAUGGCUGGUAAAGAUUGGUGGAUUGGAUGUCAGAGCAAAGAAACUGUAGAGGAAAAACACAAAGCGCCGA